GCAGGGCUACGCUAGCUCAUACGAUAGCGUAGCAAAGGUUUGAGGAAGAAGAAGAAGAAGAAGAAGGUCCACACCGGUUCUGCACAUUCCUUCCGAAGCUCGUCGCGAAAGCCAGUGGUUUAGACGAAUCUCUGAAUGGCUGAAGUCGAGGAAGUAACGGGCCGCGUUCUCGUUUCAGAAACCAUCUAUACGUCUUUCGCCGCAGCAUGGCUGGGCUCCAUAUGCAUGGGCACCAGUCUGGGUUAUUCUUCACCAGCGGUGAGUAGCCUACUCGAGCAAGCCAAAGAGGAGGAAGACGAAGUUCGCCUCUUGCUACGGCCCGACGAUACCUUCUGGUUUGGUUCUCUGCUCAAUAUGGGAGCGUUGUUCGGCUGCUAUUUCGGAGGAGCUCUGUGUCAAGCGGUUGGCAGACUUCGUGCCCUGUCCUUCUGCUGCUUGGGCUUUAUCUUAUCGUGGCUUGCUUUGGCGUACGCUGGACAGCGCAUAGUGUUGUAUGUGGGUCGUGUGUGCACCGGCUUCUUCACGGGCAUAGUGUCCGUCGUUGUGCCGGCUUAUGUGAGCGAGCUGUCUCCAGAGGACAGCCGUGCCCUAUACGGAGGCACCAUCCAGCUGGCCAUCACUUUUGGCAUCUUUGUCUCCUAUCUAAUCGGCACAUUCUUCGACUGGUCCAACCUUGCGCUCUCGAUGGUGGUGCCUCCAGCGAUCAUGAUGCCAUUCUUGCAAGUUGCUGUGGAAUCGCCGCGGUGGCAGAUGGCAACACACAAGAGAGCUGAGGCCAUAGCUGGCAUGCGGGAAAUCCGACCUGCUGACGCUGCUGUGGACGAUGAGCUUCUUGUAAUCGAGGCGACCUAUCUUAACAUCCCAACGCCUCGCGUCCACAUUGCAGUUGCCGUGCUCAUCAUGUUCCUGCAGCAAUUUUCCGGGAUCAAUUCCAUCAUAUUCUAUGCCGGGGCCACAUUUUCUGAUGCUGGGGUAAACCUGUCGCCCGAUGCUUUGGCUUCCCUGCUAGCCGCUCUUCAGGUGUCCGUCACCAUGACGGCCGUAGCCCUUCUGGACAGCAUGGGUCGGCGUACAAUGCUUGUGCUCUCGUCCCUCAUCUGCAGCAUCACACUGGCUGUCAUGGCUUCCGCGGAACUACUGGGCAGUGACACAGGAGGCACUUUCGUGAGAAAGAUCGGGCCCGUUACGGUCGCAAUUUACGUAAUCGGCUUCUCCCUCGGAAUGGGUCCUGUGACGUGGAUAACAUGCGCCGAACUCGUGCCCUGCAGAGCAUUAGGCCUAGAGUGGAGCUCCAUCGCUGCCUUCAACUGGGGAUGCUCUUUCAUGGUGACUGUUCUGUUUGAUAGCUUCAAAGGUACCGUCAGCAGGGGCAGCUUCUAUAUUUUUUUCUGUAUCAUGACUCUCGUGAACACUUUAAUGAUCUACAUCUCCUUGCCCGAAACGUCCAAACUGUCCAUCGAACAAAUUCUGCUGCAAGGUUAUCAAGGGGAAGAAGCACAGGCUGGGCUAAUGCAAGCGGUGGGGGUGCGUGGAGGUCGGUCACAAAAGGGUGCGUUGUUUAGGUAGCGGUGUUAUCGCGAGACUACUCGUGCUAUAUACCUUAUAGGAUGAUUAGGAAGCUUUGUUUCAUGAUCCCAACAUGUGUUCAUUCCACAAAACGGUCAGUGAAAAAAACUUUUAUUGAACCUUCA